AUGUGUAUCACAACAGUGUACGUGGGUGAAACUUCGUCCUUAUCGUUUCUACAUUUCUUGCGCAAAACAGUCAAGGGGUAUGUGGGUUCGGUUUCUUUUACGGACUAUGAACGAUACCACACAGUUCUCGAGGCGGAUCCUCAUCCUCCCUCGAGCCUCAAUCUGAAUGCUACUUCAGAGAAGAUCACCUCUUGGAUGAACUACUAUCACGAAGCAACGAGCGGGAUUCUCGACCUCUUCACUGCACAUGAAAUACACACCCUAUUAGCAGCACGGGAUCUUCCAUCGAAAUCCGCAUCGCAUUCCUCUGUGAGUCGGGAGGACGCCGCUGCGAUGGAUGUCGCCAUAGCCAUAGGAGCCCAGGUCAGCGGGUCAGAGGAGGACGCUUAUCUAGCAAACGGAUACUUCUACCGCGCGCGGCAACUGGCAUUUGACGACAUGCUGAUGGGCCAGAGUCUGGGGACCGUCCGAAUCUUCCUCCUGAUGUCCUUCUACAUGCUGGGUGCGUGCCACCGCAACGCCGCUUCUAUGUUCCUCGGGGUAGCUGCGAGAGCAGCCAUUGUCCUCGAUCUCCAUAGUCCGGACGGUUACUCGGAUAGUCUCCCAAAGGAGGAGCGUGACAGCAGACGACGGAUAUGGCACAGCACACGCAUCCUCGACGUCCUGAGCAGCUUCGUACUUUCCAGACCGAAAAGCCUACCAGUCGUGCGGUGUGUCCCCAACGCCAUUGAGAGCGAGAAUGCCGAAUCGGCAUUCCAUGCCAUCGUCGACGGGUGCACCCUCCUCGAGGACAUUGUCGACACUCUCAGCAAGGACAACAUCCUCCAUGUUCCCGCGGCCGAGGACCUUCUCGCACGUCUCCGGCAGUGGGGUCACGGCCUCCCGAUGGCCCUUCGCCAGUUCCGCUUUCGCCAGGCUGCUGAUAGCAGUUCCGCUGUAGAGACUGUCGAUCGACAACACCUUAUAGGCAACAUUCAUGUGUCGUGCGUGUACUAUUUUGCUGUGAUCCUCGUCACUCGUCCGUAUCUCAUCGCCUAUCUCACAUCACGUCUGCAUGGGAAGGCGCCAGACCAUCUGAUCAGCGACCCGGUCGAGGCCUCCGAUGUGAACAUAAAGAACAACAAGGUCUCCAAGCUCGCACAAGUGUGCGUCAGUUCUGCGCUGUAUAUGGUCGACAUGUGCCAGCGGGCAAAGGCGGCGGGGCUCGCUUUUGGGAAUUUGUGUCUCCUCAAGGCAUGGAUCUUUGGUGCCGGCCUCGUCCUCGGAUUCUCCAUGUUCGCCGGUGAACCCCGCCGCGAUAUCGAAACCAUUUUCGACAACUCGUUAGACCUUCUCAACGAUAUCGGCCGCACCAGCCCACAGGCCCGUCUCUACCACCAGAUCCUGACCAGCUUCUCCGAGGCGGUGACCCGAUUCCGCCAUCGCGUGGCGGGGGAGGUCCGUCGCACUGUGCAACAUUACAUGGACCAGAUCCUGGUGAUCGAUCCGCCGGUGGAUGUUACUACUGCGGCUGCCGGCGCGCGACACGGUGUCUACGAUGGCUGGGAGGAUGAGUGGGCUGCCGGGGCGAUCAUGGGCCUCGACGCAGGUUGCAGUGCUCUGGACCCUGUUUCUGAUGGGACGAAAGGCGCGCAGACACUGCUACAGCUGGCGGGGUUCCGGGACCAGAGCGAGUGGGAUGAGAUUGACAUGUCGUUGGCUGAGGGUCUUUUUCCUGAUACAGAGCCUUUCGAUCAGUUGUUUUAUACCGUUGAAUAA